AAGAAGAAAAAAAAAAAAAAAGAUGAAGUGCUAAAACAUUCAAGGACUAAUAAAACCAGCGAUUCUAGUACAUUGUACUUUUUCCGGUAUUGACUUAUGGAGUCACGAGGCAGUAGUUAAUAUACCCCCACGGAUUUUACCUGUCCAUAAUUCUCAAAGUACCCCCAAGUUCAUAAUCUUCUUAAUUAAGCGGUUUAUCCCAGAUUACUUCAGAUGGUGAGGACAACUUGCCACUGGGCAUGUGCCUACAUGUGGGGUUCCAUUUGAUUGAUCUUUUUUAUCACACUGUACCUGCCAAGCAUUCGAGGGUGGGAUGAAUUCCGCGCUUAUCGGACUUGACUCCGAGGGUUUCAAGGAUCAUGAAGGAUGAUAACCGAGUUAGCAAUGGGUCCUUACAGGCCUCAGCCAUAAAUACAAGUCCUUUGCUUACUACCCCAACUCGGUCGAUAUCCGAUGCAACUCCUCAUUAUUAGUGUCGAUGGCGUAUGAGCUUACCGCAUGAAGAGCGGGUAGUCAGGCACGGCGUAUAAAGCUGUCAUAGCACCUCACCGAGACAUGGCAAUGGAAAUUUAUCCUGAAAAUUUGGCACCCUCCAGCUUUUCAUAUUCCCAUAUCCGUGGUUGUUUCCUACUUCAAUUGUGAGGCAUGCGAUCACUUUCCCGCCUACCACGGGGUUUCCCCACAAAUCCCCGCGUACUCCAUCGCCGACCCACACUCCCACAGCCCAAAGUCUGCCAAAGCUCAAGGAUCGCGCGGUUAAAUAGCUCGACCUCGAGCGGCAAUGACCGUGAAAAACGUGGUGAUGCUGCGAAAUCCGAGCCGAUUAGUACUGGUUCAUCCAAUUCCUGGACCGCGAGUCGAACGCUUCUUGUCUCUGCACUGGCCGCCGGACUCAGCUACGCCUAUGCAAUCUCAAGCAAUAAGUCCCAGCCGGAAAGUCUGAAGCAGCCCCAAUAUGGAUCUACACAGGAUCUUAAGAAGGCCAUUGCCGAAUUACGAGUCAAGUUGGGCGAUGAGGCUAUUAGCACAGAUGAGGAUGACCUUCAGGUCCAUGGAUUCUCAGAGUGGUCAAGUGUCAACGCAGAUCGGUUUCCUGUUGCUAUCGCGUAUCCGAAGAGCACGGAGGACGUUGCGGAGAUUGCCAAAAUUUGUCACAAAUACAAAAUGCCAAUGAUUCCUUAUUCUGGAGGUUCCAGUCUUGAGGCCAAUUUCUCCGCUGUCCAUGGUGGCCUAACAAUCGAUUUUGGUUCAAUGAACAAGAUUCUGGAGCUUCACGAAGACGAUAUGGAUGUGGUCGUCCAACCGUCCAUCCAAUGGAUGGAGUUGAACGAGAAAAUCAAGGACUCUGGCCUCUUCUUUCCUGUUGACCCCGGCCCCUCGGCGAUGAUCGGUGGAAUGAUUGGGACUAAUUGCAGUGGAACCAAUGCAGUGCGGUAUGGCACAAUGAAAGAUUGGGUUAUUAAUCUUACAGUGGUUCUGGCAGAUGGACGCAUCGUGAAGACGCGCAGACGUCCGCGCAAGACUUCUGCUGGCUACAACUUGACCGGCAUGUUUGUAGGGUCUGAGGGAACGCUUGGGAUAGUGACCGAGGCGACUCUCAAACUGACACCCAUCCCAGAGGAAACUCGUGUCGGUGUCGUCACAUUCCCUACUAUGCGCGACGCUGCAUCUACUGCCAUGCUGCUGAUACGAAAAGGGAUCCCUGUACAAUGUAUGGAAAUUCUGGACGAUGUUCAGAUGGACGUUAUCAACCGUGCUGGCGGCACGGGGCGGAGUUGGAAAACGCUACCCUCGUUGUUUUUCAAGUUCUCUGGCACAAGUGCUGGCGUUCUCGACAGCGUUAACUUAACCAGGGACCUGGCGAAAAAGAACCAUGCCGACUCCUUUGAAUUUGCCCGAGAUGAGCGAGAGGCGCAUGAUUUAUGGUCGGCGCGAAAACAGUCGUUGUGGAGCAUGCUAGCUUUAAAAAAGGAAGGCUCGCAAGUAUGGUCUACUGAUGUAUCUGUGCCGAUUUCGAGACUCCCUGAUAUUAUUGGUAUGUCCUUGCGUAAAGAAGGCUUUCUUAUCAUAUGCUAAAGACAGCAGAAACCACGAAAAAGGAAUUGGACGAUCUUGGGAUCUUCGCAAGUGUUCUCGGCCAUAUCGGGGACGGAAAUUUCCACACAUGUAUUCUCUACAAUCGCAAGGAUUCAGAGGAAACAGAACGUGUGGAGAAGUUUGUCUACGAUAUGGUUGAUCGUGCUCUUGAGAUGGAGGGCUCUUGCACUGGCGAACACGGUGUUGGGCUGGGCAAGAAGAAAUCCCUUCAGAAGGAGCUUGGCCCAGAGACCAUUGAUGUUAUGCGCAGCUUCAAAAAAGCUCUUGACCCGCACUGGCUCUUGAACCCUGGCAAGAUCUUUGACUAUGAGGAUGAAUCAUGAUUCGCGACGGCAACGUGCGCAAACUUCCCAGAUAAAAGUCAUUAGAAUAGAAUACUUGAUGGGCGAAAUAUGUACAUAGGUGAGAUC